AUGGAGGCCUUCAAUCCCCUUUCCCCCAACACGGCUGCGUUCCUCGACUCUAUUGCUGCGUCGGGCGACUUUGAGCCCAAGACAGUGAACCCCACCUCCUUCCCACCUUCCGUGUUCUUUGGGCUGCCCGGCACGGAAACACCGGAAGACUCGUCUCCGUCAUCCGCCGGUGACGCCAAACAGCUUGGCCAACAACGGUCAUUUAGCAUCUCAGACGAUAGCGACAACGACAUGCCCGCCACUGCGCCCAAUCACAAGCGCAAGGCGAGUGAAAAUGACGUUGCUGUCAAGGAAGAGGAAGACGACGACGAUGACUCGCUUUCUGAGAAUGGCCAUGAAGACAAGCGCCAACAUCCCAAUGAGCCCAAGCGCAAUGGCCCUCGCCGUAGCACCGACGGCAAGAAGGGCGCCGAGAAGCCUGGCAAGGACAACCUGACCAAGGCGCAACGCCGCAAGGAGCAGAACCGCGCAGCACAAAAGGCGUUCCGAGAAAGGCGAGAGGCCAAGGUCCGCGACUUGGAACAAAAGGUGGCUGAGCUAGAGGCCAAGUCCUUUGGAGCAUCGGUUGAGAAUGAGAACCUCCGUGGCAUCCUGCGCCGUCUACAGGAGGAGAACAUGGCUCUCAAGAGCUCGGGCUUCACCUUCUCCAUGCCCAAGUCUGGUGCGGCCGCUGGCCAUCAGUCCCAACCCAUGUUGCCGCAGACUCAGCCGCAGGUUCAGCAGCUCAGUGGUCAACAGACCCCUACCCAGAACCAAAACGGCGGCAUCGACUGGUCCACCUUUGCAAACUUCAAGGUCCAGCCUCAGGUUGCAAAGCCUCCAUCCCCGCCUCAGAGUGUCUCCAACGACAGCUUGCGAAGCAUCCAUGAGCCAUCGCCGGGUCUUACCCACCGUGCAUCGACUGGCUCCAACACGGGCAACAGCCCCGAAUCGCUCGUCUCGCUGGGCCCCAGCCCCAGCUCGGCGUCCGACCCUGCUAGCAUGCCCAGCCUGUUUAGCAACAACGUCAACUCGCCGUUCCAGGUGCUCAACCGUUCCAACAGCAGCGGCAGCCCCGCCGACGCCAUCUCGACGGCCAGCUCGCUCGGUGGCACCAACAAGGAUGAUGUGGAUGCCCUCUUCCGUAGUCUUUACCCGAACGGCAUUGACGCCGUCUUGGCAUACGCCGCCAAUGCGUCGAGCGUCGCCAGCGUCCCUCCCAUCGCACCGCCUGCCAUGCACCAGCCGCAGUACACGUUCAUCGGUACUCAACCUGGUCUCACUUCAUAUGCCGACUCGACGUCCAACAACCUCGCCAAGCUGUUCGGUGACGCCACGUCGUACCGUGACCCCUCGGCCGCGGCGCUCCCUACAAAUGACUCCCAGUCCCUGUUCGGUAACAUGUCGGGCAACCCGUCGGCAGCGGCACACUCGACCGCUCAUGUUUCAACCGCGACAACCACCACUACCACCAACACCGCGGCUGACAUGGGCUCGCUGUCAAACCAGACUGCCUGGUCUGGCUUGACCGAGAACAGUGUCAACGAGUUCCUCGCUUCAUUGACAGGUGCCGACGACUCUGCAUUGAUAGGCGCCGACCCGGAGGAGUCGUUCUCGCGCCAGAUUGAGGCCCUCAUCGCCCAGUCUGGCGGUGGUGUCUCGCCUUCUGCGGCAUUCAACGUGCCGUCAAACAACCUGGCUUUCAGCCCUACCAACUACCUGAACAUGUCCCCGUCGCCACUCCAGUCCAUUGGCAGCUCGCAGACACCGCGGUCGACCCCAUCGUCGAACGUUACGUCGCCCCAGACCACAAGCGACAGCGUCACCGGCGAGGUUUGCGGUGCAUCCAACGUCAUCCACGUGCUGGGCGAGAACGGCCGCGUGAUGCGCCCCUCCGAGGUCUGGACCCGGAUGGGCAUGCACAGUUCAAGCGACCCAGGAGACUUCCUCAUCGACGACCUGUGUGACCAGAUGAAGGUCAAGGCCACUUGCAAGGACGGCCGUCGGUACAUGAGCUUUGACGACGUCGAGGAGAUGGUCCGCUCGCGCGAGGAGAAGCACACUGUCCCAGAUCACUGGAACGCACCCCUGCCCGCACGGCCGGCUCAGGCCACGAGCGAAACUUGCGCCAACAAGGGUGCCCACGACCCGGCAAAGUGCCAGGCCCGCCUCAACGAGGCGUACCUCGAGGCCAACGGCGCCGGCAUGUAG